UCUCUUUCUCUCCCAUUCUAAUCUCUGUUUAUCUUUCUGUGUAUGUACUGGAAAUCUAGAACUACAAAGAAUCCCUCUCUUUUUCGUUUCCCUCCGCAGGUCCCUAAAAUUCCCUCUCAUCAAACCCUAAUUCCUGGUUGAUCCUAUCGGCCUCGUUUUUUAUCCAUCGCCGAAGCAAAUUUUUUUCUCCAAUUUCUGUUGUUAAUAAUGUUUAUUCAAACUCCAUAAUCUGUACUCAUCGAUGAUUCUGGAACCUUCACGAGUCUCCCUCUUCUUCAUGGGCCAAUGCCGCCCUUACGAUGCCUGAGCUGCGUUCCCGGCCACGCAGAAACCGCCUUGUAGAUAACGCAAACGCCGAUGAAAUCGUGAGCGUUCGUGGAACCAGAGCGAGGAAGCUGAAAGACGAUCAAGGAGUGAAGGAGAAUAUUAAUAAGAAGAAGGUUUCUGGUAGGGUUUUGGAAGUGGAAGGCAUGAAUGAGUACGAUAGUGGUGGCCGCAGUGCUGAUAAGGCUCCCGAAGCUGAAGACGAAGGCACCACACCUCCUAUUCCAGAGAAGGUUCAAGUUGGUGGUUCCCCAUUGUACAGAGUUGAGAGAAAACUUGGGAAAGGAGGAUUUGGGCAGGUUUAUGUUGGUCGGCGGCUAGGAGCUGCGAAUUCUAAUGAACGAGCUGGUGCCGGUGCUGUUGAGAUAGCCUUAAAAUUUGAGCAUAGAAGCAGCAAAGGGUGCAAUUAUGGACCCCCACAUGAGUGGCAGGUUUACAAUGCAUUAGGUGGUAGUCAUGGUGUUCCGCGAGUUCAUUAUAAGGGACGGCAAGGUGACUACUAUAUUAUGGUCAUGGAUAUACUUGGCCCUAGUCUGUGGGACGUUUGGAAUAACAACAAUCCUCACAUGAUGUCUACUGAAAUGGUUGCAUGUAUUGCAAUCGAGGCUAUCUCCAUAUUAGAGAAGAUGCAUUCUAGAGGAUAUGUGCACGGUGAUGUAAAACCUGAGAACUUUUUGCUUGGACCCCCUGGAACUCCUAAUGAAAAGAAGUUGUUUCUGGUUGAUCUUGGAUUAGCAACUCGGUGGCGUGAUAGUUCAACUGGCCUUCAUGUUGAAUAUGAUCAACGUCCAGAUGUUUUUAGGGGCACAGUUCGUUAUGCUAGCGUGCAUGCUCAUCUUGGUAGAACAGGUAGUAGGAGAGAUGACUUAGAAUCUCUUGCUUACACUCUUGUCUUUCUUCUUCGGGGUAGGCUACCUUGGCAAGGAUAUCAGGGAGAAAAUAAAGGAUUUCUUGUCUGCAAGAAAAAGAUGGCCACUUCUCCUGAAACUUUGUGUUGCUUGUGUCCUCAACCAUUUCGGCAAUUUGUUGAAUAUGUAGUGAAUUUGAAGUUUGAUGAAGAACCAAAUUAUGCAAGAUAUAUAUCCCUUUUCGAUGGAAUUGUGGGCCCAAAUCCAGAUAUCAGGCCAAUAAACACUGAAGGUGCUCAGAAGCUUAUAUGUCAGGUUGGACAUAAGAGGGGGCGAUUGACCAUAGAAGAAGAUGAUGAUGAACAACCAAAUAAGAAGGUUCGAAUGGGAAUGCCUGCUACACAAUGGAUUAGUGUUUACAAUGCUCGUCGACCAAUGAAGCAAAGGUAUCAUUAUAAUGUUGCUGAUGUGCGGCUGGCCCAACACAUUGAUAAAGGAAAUGAAGAUGGUUUAUUUAUCGGCAGUGUGGCUUCUUGUUCUAAUCUUUGGGCACUCAUUAUGGAUGCUGGCACUGGUUUCACCGCACAAGUUUAUGAACUCUCUCCCCACUUCCUUCACAAGGAAUGGAUUAUGGAACAGUGGGAGAAGAAUUAUUACAUUAGUGCCAUAGCCGGGGCUAAUAAUGGAUCCUCAUUGGUUGUAAUGUCUAAAGGUACCCAGUACUUACAGCAAUCCUAUAAAGUCAGUGAUUCGUUUCCAUUUAAGUGGAUCAACAAAAAAUGGAGAGAAGGAUUUUAUGUCACUGCUAUGGCCACUGCCGGCUCAAGAUGGGCAAUUGUUAUGUCCCGUGGGGCUGGUUUUUCGGACCAGGUUGUGGAACUUGAUUUCUUGUAUCCCAGUGAAGGUAUUCAUCGAAGGUGGGAUAGUGGUUAUCGCAUCACCUCAACUGCUGCAACAUGGGACCAAGCUGCUUUUGUUCUUAGUGUCCCAAGAAGAAAACCAGCUGAUGAAACUCAGGAGACACUCCGCACAUCUGCUUUUCCUGGUACUCAUGUCAAGGAAAAAUGGGCAAAGAACCUCUAUAUUGCAUCUAUUUGUUAUGGGAGAACAGUGUCUUAAACUGAUCAAAUUGAGAUUUCUGGCUGACAUCAUUUUGACCGCUGACACUAUCCUGCUUGCUCUUACAUAGUUGGGAACUGAAGAUCCUCUUUGACAAUUUUCUGAACAAUGCAGUUCAGCAUUAAUGUAUGCUAAAACCUGUGCACUGUAUUUCAACUUUGUCAAAAAUACUUGAGUUGAGUAAAAUUAGGGAUUGUGUCAAUUGGGAAGAUUCUUUGAUGUUAAUUUUGUACAUAUCUGAACAGUAAUUACUAUGUUGAAUGCAUGUGGACAGGUUAUGCUUUUGUUUAUUGAUGGUAUUUUGCAAAUAUGAAACUAAUAUUUUCCAGUAGGAACUGGACAAUUUAAGCUGUGCACCCUUGUACUUGGGCCUCUUUAUCGUUGUCACUUUUGACUUAAAGCUAUUUCUGGGCUUCUUGAUGUCUGAAUUUGACCAACAGAAAGUGUCUACAUGAUGGGGUUCUCCUGGUCAGUCGUUCUACAUGACUGGAUGCUCAUUGUAUUUAUUCCUUACACCAAAUAUUGCAAGGUGCACGUUUGAUUCUUUUGAGAAUUUUGGCGUUGGAAGCUCUUCUUGGGAGAUAACUAGUGUACCUCUUCAUUAGUGAUUUGUGUAUUUCCUGAGAGUUACUAGGACAUACAAAGCAGAGUUUGGUUGGUCCUGGCAACUAUUAUGUUGCUGGAGCAACCCAUAUGUCAUGGAAAUCAGAAGCUGUUCAAGGAACUGGUAUUUUUGGAACUAUUUGCCCAAGUGAAUCUCCUUUUUUCUCAUAUUUGGAAUUUUCUUGGCAAACGUAGGGGGAUGGCUUCAUUUUAUGUUCUAUUGUCAAAUUGCCGUACUUUCAAUGUCAAGUUACUACAAUUAUUGGAGAUCUACUCUCUAUUUUUUUUUUCCAAAUGCAAUAUUUUAAAGACGCAAUAAGUGACUAAAACAGAAUGAAACAUUUUCAAGUUUUAUUACAUUUUUUUUUUUUGUAUGUUUGGAAAUCUAGAUUUCGAAUCAUUGUUGUCGGUGAUGCAAUGAUAACAUGCUUAAGAGAUGUCCUUGAUUUAAGAGAAGCUUUUAACAGAGUUUAUAAGGGAAGUUAUUCGGGGUGAUGCAAUGAUACCCACUUAACCGUCAGCAUCCUUGCCUUGGGUUACGAUGGCGACUAAUGGAAUAUAUUGAUGGGGGUCCUGCGGGAAAGAAAAUCCUUAGUUUAAUGACAAUAUGUUAAUUAUACGCGAUGUUUGUGUCAACAAGUGUAUGGACUAAAGGCAUUUUAUGCUCUUUAUUUGGUCAAGUCAUUUUAUGUUUUUGAGUUAUCUGUUUGGUUAGGUGACCCGCGGCUAUUCAACAAUCUGAAGGGCAAAAGUCCAGAUUGAUAUGUUGUAGUUUCAAUUUUAGCAAAGUUGAAGCUUGUAUGUAAUGGACGAUGUCAUGGUUUCAGCCAAAAUAAAGUAGCACUCCCAACCAAAACUUAAGUGGACACUGGACAGGGAAAGGGCUUUACAUGUUUCAGCUAUGAAAUGUGGAUGAACGAGCACGAUUCUCAAUGUCAAGUGCUAGUUGCUUGCACCCAGGUCGUUUGCUGACUGUUUGAAAGCUCACCUUGAAUGUCAAGAAGAAUUGAUCCCAAAUACGCCUAAGAUUGAUCUGUGGCAAAGUCUCCUCAAGCGAACUCUUUCCUGGAAACGGUAAACAUAACAUUAAAAACUUGUAAAUUACGCAUGAAAUGGGAAACGCAAGCAGAUGCAGAAGUAAUAUGCACCUCACUGUUGUCGUGACCAUAACGAAUUAAGAUGUUUUCUGCAACCUCUAAUAUCUUGCAUUAUCCUUUGUGUCUCUAGAAUGUGAGCAUCAUAGUAAAUUGCUUGGUCUCUCCUAUCCUAAAA